UCGAGAUUAAUGGGCGGAUCGGGGCGACCGAGCUAGUGCGCGGACAUGGCGGGGGACGGGGAAUCGGGAGGGGCGGCUGCAGGGGAGUACGAGGACCUGCUGCCGGUGAUGGCGCGGCGGCUGGAGGCGGAUCAGUUCAUGCAGGAGCUCUGCGGGGGUUUCCGGCUGCUGGCGGAGGCGGAGAGCGGGGUGAUCACGCCGGAGAGCCUGCGCCGGAACGCGGCGGCGGCGCUGGGGGUGGAGGGGAUGACGGCGGCGGAGGCGGAGGCGAUGGUGAGGGAAGGGGACAUGGACGGCGACGGCGCGCUCAACGAGCGCGAGUUCUGCGUGCUCAUGGUCCGGCUCAGCCCCGAAAUGAUGGCCGACGCCGAGGCGUGGAUCGAGAGCCAGCUGAUGAUGAUCAUGACACCGACACCGCCGCCGGCGCCCGGCCGAUGCUAAUCGAUUAAUUGAUUGAUGAAUUUGUAACUGUGCCAAUAAAGAUCAGGCCAUGGAUCAUGAUCUUGUUCUAUUAAUCUCAGCAAAUCGAAACUUGUUAUUUAUUUAUUUUUCAAUAUGAUGAUCAAUAAGACGCAGGCAGGCUCAUGAACA